AUGCAACACUUUGUUGGUGGUACAGUAAUACAUGUGCUUUUCUUUAAUUUUUUGCGUAAAUGUUGUGCAUGUACGGUGAAGGUAAGGAAGCGCAUUCAGUGUCGCAUUUGCAGAAAAUUAAUAGCCGUAGUGUGGAGAAGAAGGAAAGAAAAAAAGAUGAUGAUUAUGAUGAUGGGCGAUACGCUUACGCAUAUAUUUAUUUACUUAUAUAUUUAUAUACAAGCACAUGGGGGGGGGGAGAAGACGAAGGAAAGGAAAAUGGUGGUGUGGAUUAGGAAAGUGGCGCAGCAUAUUGAGUUAAGUGUAAAUGUAUUUGCCACUUAA